GCUUCCUGCCAUUCUGUUGUCGCGCAGGUGAGCCGUAGAGUCUCGUUUUGUGUAACCCGUAAAGUUCUACGCAGUUUUUCUAAACUUUUUUCCACCCCCACUCAGUAUUAACUUCUACGUGAUACCUGUAGCUUUUUAAUAAGUAACAUAACGUCAAACAUUAGUAACUUGCUUGGACUUUUCGUGUUCCAGCAGGAGCCGGUGAGCGCUCGAGCAGCCAUUUCCCCGUGCGCGCGCCAUGGAAGCGCUGUCCCGCGCGCUCUCCGUGAUACCAAGACCGCGAGCUCGUAUGAACUCCUAGGCUAGGCGUUCGUGUAGCUGCAUAUUUCCGUUGCGAAUGAGCUGUGGCGCUCUCAGCGCAAGGAGCGUCUUCAUUUCCUGAUUUCACCUGCUUGUGCAUCGGUUGCACUACUUAGUCUGCGAGUCGCGGCCGCGCCGCUUGCCCGGGCGCUCAGGUGUUCGGCAGGGAAAAGCUGGAAGUUGCUCAAGACUCAAGUGCUGAGAUGAACAGUUCUUGGAUGCCAAAUGCAACCCGGCAGAUGGGUUCUGAAGCUCCCUGGCAGGACACCGCUGCUGAACUUCUGUCUCAUGUGAUUCCCAAUGCAAUGGAAACAAAGAAUGUGACCAUUGUUCGUUCCGCAAAUGGUUCCAUCAGGGAGGAUGACCUCUUUCUGAACACAACUGCUGCAAAGGCACUGUCAGGGAUCUUUGCCUGGUCAGCAGCGCUCAUCACGUGCUUCCAGAUUUACAUGCACCUGCGUUCCUACACUGUACCCAACGAGCAGCGCUACAUCAUCCGCAUCCUCUUCAUUGUUCCCAUCUACGCUUGUGACUCUUGGUUCAGCCUGCUUUUAAUCAGCAAUGACCAGUACUAUGUGUACUUCGACUCCAUCCGUGACUGCUAUGAAGCAUUUGUCAUUUACAAUUUCCUGAGCCUGUCAUUCGAGUACCUGGGAGGAGAGAGUGCCAUCAUGUCUGAAAUCCGAGGGAAGCCCAUUCAGUCCAGCUGUCUGUAUGGAACCUGCUGUUUGGCCGGAAUCACCUACUCCAUCGGUUUUUUGCGAUUCUGUAAACAGGCAACACUGCAGUUCUGUGUUGUAAAACCUAUCAUGGCAGUCAUCACCAUCCUUUUACAGGCUUUUGGCAAAUACCAUGAUGGAGAUUUUAAUGUGGCUGGCGGCUACCUCUACAUCACUAUCAUCUAUAACUUCUCCGUCAGCAUGGCCCUCUAUGCCCUUUUCCUCUUUUACUUUGCCACGAGUGACCUUCUGCGGCCAUAUGAACCAGUGCUCAAGUUCCUCUCCAUCAAGUCUGUCAUCUUCCUGUCUUUCUGGCAAGGCAUGGUGCUGGCCAUCUUGGAGCGCUGCGGUGUAAUUCCUGAGGCCCUGGUCAUCGAUGGGCAUGAAGUCGGUGCAGGCACCGUGGCUGCCGGCUGGCAAAACUUUGUCAUCUGCAUCGAGAUGUUCUUUGCUGCCAUUGCGUUGCGUUAUGCCUUCACCUGCUCUGUGUACCAGGAGAAAGACAGCAAGGCACCAGAGAGUGGAGCACCCAUGCAAAGCAUAUCCAGCGGGCUGAAGGAGACUAUGAACCCAGGAGACAUGGUACAGGAUGCCAUCCACAACUUCUCCCCAGCUUAUCAGCAGUACACACAGCAGUCUACACAGGAGGUUGUACAGCCAGCCCAAAAUGGCAAGGUGGCCUCAGUUUCCAGCUCCAAGAAAAAUGACAAGGUGAUGCUGAUCACUUCUGAUGACGAAUUCUAGGCAGCAGUUAUGCGCAGCAAGCUGUUUUAUUGCUUGUCCUUAAGCAGAGCCUCCUACCCAGCCGGAGGAGCUGUACUGUCACACCCGUACCAGAUGCCUGAAGGCUUACGCAUGAUCUGUACACACAGUAUACUCAGCUGCAAUAUCUUCACCUGUGUUAGAGACUGAGGGAUGCCAUCACACUUUACACUCUGACAUGUCAAGUAUUGAUUUUAAAUGGUUUUUAGCCUUCAAUUAAGAAUACCAGACAUAAGCAUGCGCUUUUGAUUUUCAAGAGGUUAAAUAUUAGAUUGACAGGGAACAAAUUUUUACACCAUCUUUGUUACUGAAUUCAUAAGUGCAAAACCAGUUUUGCUUUUACUGAUGCAGCUGAAGGAAAGCUUACUAUAAAAUGUUUUCUUUGCAAUAUUUCCCACUGUAAUUGCUAUAACUUCAUAGCCCAUGUUGAACUUUGUGCUUGAGCUGUGAAUUAAAUGCAAAUAAAGAAAAUGUAUAUUACAGCUAACAGAAGAUGCUUUUAAAUAUGUAUUAAUCCAGAAGAAAAUAUUGGCAGUAACAUUUGUAACUGAUUCCAUUGAUACUGCUUUGCCACAGGUAGUGUGCUCCUGUUUUUUUUUUUUUUGUGGCUCAUUUAAGAUAAAACAUUCUGAUUUUCAUUGAAAAUGUCAGUAUAGGUGUUUUUGAAAUUACCAGUGCCACUCAUGUACAUGCAUUUCAUGCAGUAAUGUCUCUUCUUGUCUGCAAGUGUGGUUGGUUUGACCUUAAGGUGACAUCAGCCUGGAACAGUACAUGACAGUGUGUCCCUGUUUUGAAAGCUUUUGUACCUAGUCGUUAACUACUUAGCACUAUAACAUCAUAUCUGAAACUGCAGUGGAGGUGUGACACCAUUCGCCUGAAUGUAUCCCUGAACCAUUCAAGAGCCAAGGUUUGCUGCAAGCCAUCCCUGUGAUGUCUCAGCCCUGCUAGAGUGGAAAUGCUUGUUUGCACAGGAAUUCAGGGUUAAACAGAGUCCUGCACAUCCCUCUGUGAGUGCUUAACUUCCAACAAAACCCAAACAAGGCAAUUGAAUAAAAUGUAUGGGUAUGUGUUCAGUUUUUCUAAUAUUUUCCAGAAAUGUUGGGGGAGGGGGUUGCAAAUGGUAAUUCAUUUUGGAAAUGGCAGGAAUUGACAGGAGUUCUAAAUGAAUGCCAUCCAUUGUCUCAAGGGAAGAAAGGGUGUUGUACUGAUCUCUUACUCUGUUGGCUUUUCCCCCUUACAUUGUGGUAUUGCACUAGAGUCUGGCUUCUAGUACAAGAAAAAUGCAUCAAGCAUUGUACUCAUGAGGAAAAAGGAUUUUAUUGGAAUUAAAGACAAAUGGUAGACUUCUUUAAAGCAAUAAUUUACUUUCUGUGAGAACACAAUUUUAAUUGUAUUUCUGCACCUAUGUAAUGCAUUAUCAAAUCAAAAUGAAUGUAAAAUGCAAUAACUUAUGUAUUGAAAAUAAAACCAUAAAUACUGAAAUUAAAAUACAUUAACAGGAAGUGAAACAAAGAAACUGUCACCUUUCAUUGUAAUUUCACCCAUGGAUUUAUUAACCACAUCUUUUAACCAUUCACAUGAUUGUCUAGAUAUUUUACUUAAUAUUGAUUUUUACAAGUUCAGUACUUUUGACAUACACAAUUUCUCAGCAUAUCAGUAUUUUUCAUGUUAGUAAGCUGGUAUCAGCAUCAAGGAUGGGGAAUAUCAAUUCACAAAUGGCAACAAAAUGUGUAGAAUUUUGAUUUGUCUCAACUCUAAGACACUGGUUAAAUUUAAACCAGGCUUUGAAAGACGAGCAAUGAAGCUUUUAAGAAAUGAUUGUAAAUGUUUUCUGUUCUUGGAAUCAAAAUAUUUUUAUGAAAUCUUAAAGCAAGCAGCAUUGUGCUUAACUCAUCUUAACCCAUAGACAGAAUAAAAGCGUGAGAAAAUGCGGUUAAGGAUUCAAUUUAAAUGUCUCGAAACUGCUUGCUUUCGGCGGGGUGUGCGGUAGCGCAGCAGGUUUGACUGGGUCCUGCUCCCUGGCGGGUCAGGGGUUCAAGUUCAGCUUG